AUGGCAAUUCUACAGGAGCAAAAUGAGACAAUGGCCCUGAAGCGGAGGCAGGCAAAGAAAAAGGAAAAAAUACGGAGAAGUCGGCCAAAAUCUCACAACCAGAUUGAAAAUGUUGGGGUUGGUAGAGACAAAAAGGAGUUGGUGACUAAGUUUGAUGUUAUGAGUCUUUGGGGUAGAGAUGGAGCUAGUUGGGAGUAUAGAUAUACAUGGUUUAGGGGGAGUUCGUACAGUAGAAUUGAUAGGACCCUUGUUACCUUGGGGUGGCUAGAGAGGUAUCCGGGGACACAACUGACGGGAGGUCCAAGAGGUUUAUCAUAUCACUGCCCAUUGAUUAUGGAAGAGAGUAAAAAGUUUGACGGCCCAAGACCUUUUCGGAGCCUGGACUUGUGGUUCACGCAUGAAGACUUUCUAAGAAUGGUGAAGGACGAGUGGAGGGAAUUAGGUGAUGUACAAUUCCUAGACAAGAUGAAAGGGCUGACAGCUCCAAUUCAGAGAUGGCAUAAGCAGCAUUUUGGGAAUAUAGCUGAGAAGAUAAGGAAGUUUGAAAAAGAGAUCAAGAAGGUGGAUGAUAUGGUGAGUAGUGGUUUGUAUGAUGGUACAAUGGAGCCAAGGAGAAUGACGUUAGUGAGAUACUGUGAGAAGUGGUAUGUAAGACAGGAUGUCCAUUGGAAGCAAAUGUCGAGGGCCCAGCAUGCUGAAGAGAUGGAUAGGAAUACUAAAUACUUUCACAAUAUCGCUUCGGCAAGAAGAAGGAGCAACAGGAUAGAGUCAUUGGUGAUUAAGGGGAGACUAAUAAAGAAUCAAGCAAGAAUUAAGGUGGCCAUUCGAGAUUUUUAUAAACGGCUGUACCACCAGGAAGCCUCCCCAACGGUGAGCUUUAGGGAUGGAUUAGUAAACCGACUGGAGAGGGAGGAAGCUGAAGCCUUAGAGGUGAUGCCAUCAGUUGAGGAAGUGAAAGAGGCAGUAUGGGACUGUGAAUCUUCAAAAGCACUAGGGAAUGAUGGAUACAACAUGAAUUUUAUAAAAAAGUGUUGGGGGAGAUUAGAUCGGAAUUCACUACAGCUAUGA